GUGGGUUUAGCUUUGGAGGCUUCGUUUUGGGCCUGGCCUACUGGGUGAUGGCUUGGUUCCUAGUAGAAAUACCCUUGUUACUAGUAGCUUCUUGUUCCUAGUAGCGAUGCCAGGAGCUACUAUAGUAGCGUCCUUGUUACUAAUCGCGAUGCCCUUAGUAAUCCUUAUAGUAACGAUGGCUUUGGGGAGAGAGGUUCAAGUACGGACUUUUCGCUCCCAGCGGCUGCAGGAGCUGGUGAACCAAGGGAGUUUCACGUUUCACUGCAGAGGUUGGCAACGAGUCUUCGCGGACGACCGAUCCGUUGGCCGAAGACCGACCGGCUCCCGUUUCCGCGGAAACGGGCCACCACCGGUUUCGGUGUGCGAUCACGCAGAAUCGGAUCGGUAGCGGAACGGACACGGGGCGGUGUGCGGCACGGGGAGCCGCGUGCGGUUCCGCGACGACGUUUGGAGGGUCGAAGCUCCGGAUUUGGGGGCCUUUGUUCAGGACGAUCGAAAGACUGGACGAGUGCGAUGCUGAAAUGUCCUUCAUGAAGUUGGGAAAAGUAGGGUCGAACUGGACUUCUAGGGUAUGGCAUGGUAUGACCAUGUUGAUGGUCCUUCUUGGUAGCUGCUUUUGGAAUUAGUCGUUUUGAGAUUCAUCCCUUCUAAGGCUUCUCUACCAGCUGUUCGCGAUCCUUUUUUUCACCAAUGUGGAGGGCUGGACUGCUGUUGAGGCGAUCUACUUCUCAAUGGUCACCAUGUCCACCGUGGGUUAUGGGGAUUUGGCACCCACCAUUUGGUAUUCGCAGUUGCUGGGCAUUGGCUUCAUUUUAGUUGGCAUCAUCGUGGUGUUUGGACAACUUGGCGAAGUAGUUGGAUUCGUCAUAGAACCAUUCUUCGAUAAGAUGCGUGAAGUGCUGGAUCGGAUCUGGAAGCCAACAGAGAUCGAGAUCAAGGAAGGCAACAAGGUCCUGAAAAAGAUCAAGGUGCCAGCGAGACCGGUCAUCUACUUCACCAAGGGCCUCAUUGGUCCUUUGAGUAUUCUGCUGCUCUUUCAAUUCCUCUCCGCCAUCAUUUUUGUCUUUGUCGAACCGGGGUGGGACUUGUGGACCGCCUGGUGGUACGUCAUGGUCACGGCCACCACCGUAGGAUAUGGUGACUUCUCUGUCUCCCGAACCAACAAUGAUGGUGGGCUGAUUUGGGCCUCACUUCACAUUCUUCUGUCCUGCAGUUUGUUGGCCGCGCUGAUUGGAGACAUUUCAGAGCUGAAGCAAGAACGAAGGGAGCAGUUGAUCCAGAUCAAGCACUACUUAAAGUGCCACGAGCCGGAGACUUUACAAGCUUUGGACAAGGAUGGCGAUCAAAAGCUGCGCAAGGAGGAGUUUGUCCUAGGGAUGCUGAAGAAGAUUGGCAAGCUGGACAAGGAGGAUGUGCAGUUCAUCGAGGCCAUUUUCGACAACAUCGAUGCGGUCGAUGGCGUUCCGGAUGGCUCCGUGAACACGGAGAAGUUUGAGAGAGCUGAAGUGCGAAGCAAGAUGUCCACGGAGAGAGAGCUCGCUUGGAAGAAGUUGAGCUUUUGUGUCAAGCAGGAGCUCAAGUACAUGGACGUGAGAAAUGCCAUGAAGGAAGAAGUGCGGCCAACAUCCAAGGUGGCUCCUGCCAAGGUGGAUGACGCUCCUCCCUUGCCACCGCCAGCUGAGGCACCACCCACACCCACGCAGCACACCCAGGGUGGCUGCACGUGCAACGUGCACUACAUCUACCCACCCACGCCAUGUCCCUCCUACCAAGUGACCAACGCAGCCCCACCCGGCUCACCCAGCUCACCCUUUUCACCCACGCCCUGUCCAUCCUACCAGGUGUGUCCAUCCUAUCAGCCUGUGCUCCGCUAUCCACCGCCACCACCAUAUCCACCACCUCUGCCCAGCACUGGAGUUUGGUACAUGACCUAUUGAGGCCGAAGCUAAGCCUGCUUUGCUCCCGAAAGGCGAUGCCACACCUGAAAGGGUGUGUCCGCUGUCGCCGUGUAUCCUUUGACCCCGCUGAAGAAACGCGGGUGCAGAGCAACAAAUGUUGCUCUGAGCUUUAUGUUGCUCACACCUAGGAGCUUUUCGCAAGAAUAGUAGAUGUCAAACAUCUUCUUCUGAGCCGCCGUCUUUGAUUUCAUCAAGCACUGCCAAACAGUAGUUUUGAGCUGGGAAGCCAAAAACACGAAACAUCAAACCGUUUUCUGUCCGAAAACAGCGGCCAAGCGUUUUUCUCUCGUGAGACAAAGUGUUUGACCAACUCUUUGGUCGAGACAGGCUUGUUGCCCCUCUGAAGAGGAAGCAAAGAACGCUGCCAGGGUUCCUGGCCUUGUAAGAAAAAGACUUAAUUCUGAUAUGCUCUUAGGUUGGAGGCCAUCGCUAGUAGGUUGGAGGCCAUCGCUAGUAGGUUGGAGGCCAUCGCUAAUCCCUAAACUGGUAACACCCUGC